UACAACAACGUUACUUUGCUCAACACAAUUCAAAAACCUAAAAAUCUAUUGGUCUUCGCCGCAACCGCCAUAGCUGUGUACAUCACCGCAUCUUCGCCGCAACCGCCAUAGCUGUGUAGCAUCACCGCAUCUUCGCCGCAACCGCAUAGCUGUGUAGCAUCACCGCAUCUUCGCGGGUGUUUUGUUGCCGCAACCUCGCCGGAGCCUAGCGUUGUCAUCUUCUUCAUCUUCACAUUUCAACUCAGGUAUUCUCUAGAGACUAGAUACACUUCGUCCUCAUCCUAUUCAUUUCUGAAAUUAGAUGAUUUUAAGUUAGAUUGAGUAUAAACUUAGUUGAAUUUUGUAAACAAGGUGUUUGUUGAAAUGCCACAAUGAAGAAGUAGACAGACAAAUAUCCUUUGUUUAAAUGCUUGCCAGUUUGACUUUCACUUAUUCUUAAAGGGAGGAGGUGAUUUUUGCUCUGUAUAUACACACAAGAACUGCAUUACAUGCAAUGAAAAUCAGGAAAGAUAGUAUUAGUUUAUUUGUAACACUAGAAUAAGCCCUUGCAAAAACUAGUUCUGCAAAUUCAGCUUUACUGAAUUCAAGAAGAGUUUUUUUUUUAUGGAAUUCUAGUCCAUGUAGUCCUGACUCUACUGAACCAUCAUCUACAACCUCUGCUGAACCCUCACCACCUGACUCUCCUCAAUAUCCACACUACUUUAUGUUUAAUAGUACUUUUUGUUCUUGAUCAUAUACAUGAGAGUGAGGCCGAGAAUUUGUUUGGUUUAAUAAUAAGAGGAAGAAAGACAGAAGAAAGUGAAAUGUGUGUUUCAUAAAUGAUGAUGAGGUUAAUGUUGUCAUCUGUGUGUGUUGGUUUUUCUGGUUUUCAAUGUCUGCGUGUUAAAGAGUUCAUAUAUGCAUAUAGAUAUUGGAAAGGUCAAAGAUAAAGUAUAUAGUAAAGUGAAAUGAUUAGUUAGUCUUAGGCAUGGAAUCUAAUUUACACACUUGGUGGGUGAGUCCAAUAUUAAUGGUUCAAACAAGGUCACAUGGAACAGUAAAGUAUGAUUCAACUUUUAGAAAAGGUACAAAAUUCUAUAAAUCUAUAUAAUACAAAAUUUUAUAAAACCAACCAAUAUCUCGAAAGUGCAAAGCAAAGAAUAUAAUAAUAUCACAGAAAAAACAUGGGCAUUGUUAUUGACUCUCAUUUCUUAGCCCUCACAGCCAUUAUCACCAUUGUUUAUCAGCUUCUGUUUUUCAUUGUCAUUGCACUUCUCAAAUUCGAUAAGGUCACUGAUUUUGCAGGAAGUACCAAUUUCGUUAUUGUCGCUGUAUUAACCUUAGUACUCAAAGGUUCAUGGCAUUUUCGCCAGAUAAUCCUCACUCUCUUUGUUGUAUUAUGGGGUCUUCGCCUUGGUUUUUUUCUCUUACUCAGGAUUUUACAGUGGGGAGAGGAUCGCCGUUUUGAUGAAAUGCGUAGUAAUUUGGGGAGAUUGGCUGUGUUUUGGAUAUUUCAGGCUGUUUGGGUUUGGGCUGUGAGUUUACCUGUUUCAGGUUAG